AUGGAUCCGCAACUGACAGAAGUAUCGCAGCAGUUAGAGAGGUUCAAGGCGGCGUUUGUUAGAAAGGAUUACAAUACCUGCUCUGAUUUCUUGUCUCGGCUUAAGGUUCUUCUAACCAAAUUCACAAGUCUUCCUCCGCUGUUUGAGAAUACUCCAAAUGCUGCUCACGAGCUCACUCUUGCUAGGGACAUUUAUGAGCACGCUGUUGUUCUGAGCAUUAAAACUGAGGAUCAAGAUGCUUUCGAGAGAGAUUUCUUCCAGCUCAAACCCUACUAUGUCGAUGCCAGGAAUCGUCUCCCACCAUCUCCUCAGGAGAAUCUUAUCCUUGGUCUGAACCUUCUCAGGCUGCUUGUUCAGAACAGAAUUGCUGAAUUCCACACCGAACUUGAGUUGCUAUCAUCAGCUACUCUGGAUAAUCCUUGCAUCAAGCAUGCCGUUGAGCUUGAGCAGUCCUUCAUGGAAGGUGCCUAUAACCGUGUCCUCAGUGCUAGACAGACCGCACCUGAUGCUACCUACGUCUAUUUCAUGGACCUCUUGGCAAAGACCAUCAGAGAUGAAAUAGCUGGAUGCAGCGAGAAAGCUUAUGAUUAUGUCUCUAUCAGCGAUGCCCGGCAGAUGUUGCUCUUCUCUUCCGAUCAAGAACUCUUAACCUAUGUCAAUGAGGAGCACCCCGAGUGGGAAGUGAAGGAAGGGUUUGUUGUGUUCCAGAAAGCCAAAGAAACUGCACCCUGCAAAGAGAUUCCGUCUCUUCAACUCAUCAACCAGACUCUAAGCUAUGCCAGAGAGCUGGAGCGUAUCGUGUAA